CGGGAGGGGCGCCGGCCGAUCCGUGCCAGCUCCGCAGGCCUGGCUGGGCGGGAGGCUGGCCCUUUAAGGACCGCCCGCGAGGAGGUGCCAGGUCCUGGCGGCUCCGUUCUCUCCUUCCUGGUCCUGCGGGGCAGGGACUGUCCGUGGGGCUGUGGGAGGAGGCCGUGCCCGGUGCCCGCCCAGGUGCCCCCGGCCUGGCCCCAUGGCCCUGGUCACAGUGAGCCGCUCGCCCCCGGCCAGCGGCCACUCCACGCCUGUGGGGCCCACGGCCCGGGCCAGCAAGCAGAGAAGCAGGCUCCAGCGCAGGCAGAGCUUUGCAGUGCUUCGCGGGGCAGUCCUGGGACUGCAAGACAACGGGGACAAUGACGGGGACAAUGCCGCCUCAGAGGCCAGCCUGGAGCUGGGUGAGGAGCAGCCCCACAGGGAGCACACCGACGGGGACCACACCGACGGGCACGGACCCCAGAAACAGGCGCAGAGGCAGCACCUGCACCUCAUGGUGGAGCUGCUGAGGCCGCAGGACGACAUCCGCCUGGCGGCCCAGCUGGAGGCGGCCCGGCCCCCGCGGCUCCGCUACCUGCUGGUGGUUUGCACGCGAGAACCUCCAAGCCAGGAUGAGACCGUCCUCCUGGGGGUGGAUUUUCCGGACAGCAGCUCCCCCAGCUGCACCUUGGGCCUGGUCUUGCCCCUCUGGAGUGACACCCAGGUGUACCUGGACGGAGAUGGGGGCUUCAGCGUGACUUCCGGGGGGCAGAGCCGCAUCUUCAAGCCCAUUUCCAUCCAGACUAUGUGGGCCACGCUCCAGGUGUUGCACCAAGCUUGUGAGGCGGCUCUGGGUGGCGGCCUCGUGCCUGGUGGAAGUGCCCUUGCCUGGGCCACCCACUACCAGGAGAGACUGGACUCUGACCAGGGCAGCCUCAAUGAGUGGAUGGCCAUGGCCGACCUGGAGUCUCUGCGGCCUCCCAGCGCUGAGCCUGGCCGGCCCCUAGAACAGCAGCAGAUGGAGCAGGCGAUCCGGGCCGAGCUGUGGAAGCUGCUGGACGCCAGUGACCUGGAGAGCAUCACUUCCAAGGAGAUCCGCCAGGCCCUGGAGCAGCGCCUGGGCUGCCCCCUCCAGCAGUACCGCGACUUCAUCGACAACCAGAUGCUGCUGUUUGUGGCCCAGCAGGACAGGGCCUCGCGCAUCUUCCCGCACCUCUACCUGGGCUCCGAGUGGAAUGCGGCGAACCUGGAGGAGCUGCAGAGAAACAGGGUCAGCCACAUCUUGAACAUGGCCCGGGAGAUCGACAACUUCUACCCCGAGCGCUUCACCUACCACAACGUGCGCCUCUGGGAUGAGGAGUCGGCACAGCUGCUGCCGCACUGGAAGGAGACGCACCGCUUCAUCGAGGAUGCCAGAGCGCAGGGCACCCGCGUGCUUGUCCACUGCAAGAUGGGCGUCAGCCGCUCAGCCGCCACGGUGGUGGCCUACGCCAUGAAGCAGUACAGCUGGAGCCUGGAGCAGGCCCUGCGCCACGUGCAGGAGCUCCGGCCCGUCGUGCGCCCCAACCCCGGCUUCCUGCGCCAGCUGCAAACCUACCAGGGCAUCCUGACCGCCAGCCGGCAGAGCCACAUCUGGGAGCAGAAAGUGGGUGGGGCCUCCCUGGAGGAGCCCCUGGCUCCCGAAGUUUCUACACCAUUACCGCCCCUUCCGCCAGAACCAGGGGGCAGCGGGGAGGCGAAGGCUCUGGUCUUGGAGGAGAGCCAGGCAGGGCCACGGCCCCGCAUCAACCUCCGCGGGGUCAUGCGAUCCAUCAGUCUCCUGGAGCCCCCCUCUGAGCUGGAGGGUGUCCUGGGGGACAGCGAGCUGCCAGAGGUUUUCCCUGCCCAGGAGUCUUCAGACGAAGAGCCCUGCCCUCAGCUCUCGAGGGCCAAGGGAGACCAGUGGGCCCACAGGAGGCCGUGGCCUGCCCUGAAGUCCCGCCAGUCUGUGGUCGCCCUCCAGAGCGCUGCCCUGGUGGCCAGCCGGACCCAGGCCUUCCAGGAGCAGGGGCAGGUGGAGGCCGGCGUGUCCUCCACACCCCGCCUGCGGAAGGUGGUGAGGCAGGCCCGCGUGGACGACAGCAGAGGCGAAGAUGAGGGCUCUGCUGCCUGUGGACCUGCCACAUCCCUCUCAGCUCCUCCCCAGGUGGCCCCAGACCCCGGCGUGGAAGCCUCACCGCCACGGCCCCAGACCCCGGUGUGACGGCCUCACCCCCACGGCCCCAGACCCCGCGUGACGGCCUCACCACCACGGCCCCAGACCCCGGCGUGACGGCCUCACCGCCACGGCCCCAGACCCCGCGUGACGGCCUCACCGCCACGGCCCCAGACCCCGCGUGACGGCCUCACCGCCACGGCCGCAGGCUCAGACCCACGCCCAAGGGCUCGGGACGCUCCCUGUAACGGGGGACACAGCAGAGACCGAAGGUGCCUUCGAGGGAGCGGCUCUCGCCCACAGUCGCUGAGAAAGGGCUUCCCAGCACAGAAGCGCUCAGGCCUGCCCCGCGCAACGCCCAGCGGCCAGCCCCAGAGCCAGGGGCCCCCAAGGCAGACAGCGCCUUCAGGCCCUGACCCCAGGAGCCUCCCAGGGGACUGGCAGGUCCCCUCCCCCGCACACCUCACCAAGGGCCUCCCGCAGCCGCGCACUGGGUCACAGGGCACCAGGCCAGGGAGUCUUCUUGGUCUCCUUGGCCUCUGGCCAGUUUUUCAGCCUUUACAGCACCUGGCUUUGUACUGAGAAAUAAACAUUUUCAUAGGAAGCGAC